AUGACCAUGCAAAAUCCAACGUAUCCUUUUCCGGGCCCACUAUCCCCCACCACCGCCGCCACCACCACUUGCUCCUACCCCACCGUAGCUUUUACAACGCCACCAAACUACGCGGCGCGUCUGUCUCACUUGCUCACCAUCAAGGGCUUCAAUCCCCUGUGGUGCCCGACACUAGUCACCCACCCAACCCCACACUCCCUCAAACCCUACCUCUCUCCCCCUCCAACCCUCGAAUCCUUCUCCGCCAUCGCCUUCACCUCACGCGCCGCCAUCACAUCCCUCUCAACCGCCAUAGCCGACUUCACCGAACCCCUCUUAUCCCCACACGGCCACACCUUCAUCCUCGCCGCUCUCGGCAAAGACUCGGAACUCAUCGUCAACGACGAUUCCUUCAUCGCCAAGUUUUGCCAAAAGCCUAACCGAAUCAGAGUCUUAGUCCCUCCAAUCGCGACCCCGAGCGGUUUAGUCCACGCGCUAGGGCUAGGGCUCGGACGGAGGGUCAUGUGUCUGGUCCCAACCGUGGUGGGGCUCGACGAGCCGGCGGUGGUGCCGAAUUUUGUGAAGGAGCUGGAGGAGAAGGGUUGGGAUCCAGUGAGGGUGAGCGCGUACGAGACACGGUGGAAGGGGCGCGAGUGUGGGAAGGAACUGGUGGAGAAGUGCGAGAGAGGGGAAUUGGGUGCGGUGGUGUUCACGAGCACUGCUGAGGUGGAUGGGCUGUUGAAGAGUUUGAGGGAAAUGGUUGGUUGGGAUUGGAAGAUGGUGAGGAAAACGUGUCCUGAUUUGGUUGUGGCGGCCCAUGGGCCUGUCACUGCUGCUGGGGCCGAGAGUUUGGGUGUCAAAGUUGAUUUGGUGAGUGAUAAGUUUGAUAGCUUUGAUGGUGUUGUUAAUGCUCUUGCUUUGAGAUUUGGUACGGCUUAG